AGCUCAAAUUCUCAUAACCCAACUUUUUGGAAAUGGACAUUCUCCAAUACUUGUUCCGCUUCUACUGGCCACCGUUCUACCUACUCAGCUUAUGCCUGUUUUCAACCAUGUACAUUUUGAUCUACAACUUUACCACCAACGUCUUAAAAGCCAUGAGAUAUUUUCUCUACGCUUCAUGUACGGCUACAUUUGUUUCUUUAACAUUGGCGUUUGGAACACAAACGAGAAAUAUUGAUAAUGAGAAUUCCAUGGGGUUGCUGUGUGAUGGGUUUUGUAAGUUUCUCGGGCCAACGUUUUGUGCGACGUGCUAUAAAGCAUAUGCGACUUCUGUACUAACAGUGAACUUGAUCAACUUGCACACUCUCUACUAUCGCACCGUAUGUCUGAAGUUGAUCAACGCCCAGGAAAUUGGCCGUAACACCUUGAUUUUUUCUUGGCAUUACCUGUUCAUAAUAGCCUAUCUGACUUCUACCUUGAUUCCUCCCUCCGACCAUCUGGCAGUCUACAAUGAAACGCUAGCCCAUUACCCUGAGUAUGACUACACUCCGUAUCUGAAUUUUGGAGGGUUCAGCCAAGCUCAAAAAGUUUAUCUCGAUAAUUCUACAGUGGCUAUGUUCCUUGUCACGUUGUAUUUUCCAAUGAUCGGCAGCUACUGGAAGCAUCAGGCGAUGAAGCUUCUUAAACCUCAUGUAUCCCCAAACACAUCGGACGCUACACGUGUUAUGUUUCGGAAAAUGAUUAUUGGCCUGAACUUUCAAAUCUUUCUGCCGAUGCUUAGUUAUAUCCCCGUAGUGUUUUUAUUUAUUCUGAUUCAAGUCACUGGCCAUCAAUUCCUGAUCUCUCAGUACACAAUAACCUGUCUAGGAGCACUUCCUUGCUUCUUGGAUCCAAUUUUUCAAAUUUACUUCAUUACACCGUACAGGAACGCUGUUCGGGCUUUCUUCGUGCGGAAGCCGUCUGCUGAUGGUAGUUGGGCUACAAGAGUUUCAGCAGUGAACAGUGUUGCUUGAAAAAUUAUUAAUGGGCUUUUUUUUCAAAAAUGAAGCAUGUUUUUU